AUGUUCAGCCGAUUCGCCAGGCCGCAAAGCGCUUUGCGCGCAGCCUCCUCUUUCUCCCCAAAACCUACCUCCGCCUUCUCACGCUUCCAGACUCGUGCUAUCCAUCGCAUCCCCCAAUUGCAGCACGACACCUACUAUAAGGAGAAUGGUAUCCCGGAGUUCAUGUCGCCUGAGGCGUUCGACUUCUCCUGGACCCAAUACCAGACUCUGCUCGUUAACAAACUCAAUCUGUUGACACAAGGUGAGCCCGACACUCCGACCCUGUGGAACGAUACAUUGGUCGAAUUCGAUACCGUCGACGCAGAUGCCAAACCAGGAGAAUUGCUGGUCAAAUACUCUAAGCGUCCGGAGAUGGCCUCGGUGUUCAACUAUGCCUCAAUGGCCCACAACAACCACUUCUUCUUCAACUGCUUGUCCCCCACAGCCACCACCAUCCCCGAGAAGUUCGCCAAGGACAUCGUCGACACCUGCUCCUCCGUCGAGUCCCUGAAGAUGGAUUUUUUGGCCACAGCAAGCUCAAUGUUCGGCCCCGGAUUCGUGUGGCUCGCCAAGAACCUCGAGCGCGAAGGCAUGAUGCACAUCUUCUGCACCUACAGCGCCGGCUCCCCCUACCCAGCCGCCCACUCCCGGCGGCAACCCGUCGAUAUGGCCACCCACACCCCGGAGACCCAGCUGGGCAACCAGUUCGCCGGAUCGAUGGGUGCCCACGCCCAGAACCAGAAGAGCCUCGCUCCCGGCGCCGUUGAUGUGCAGCCCAUCCUCUGUGUUAAUACCUGGGAGCACGCGUGGAUGAUGGACUACGGUAUUGCCGGCAAGGACGAGUACCUCGAGCGCUGGUGGGAUCGGGUUAACUGGGAUGUGGUCUUCGACAACUACAAUGCUGUCGGCUCGAUGAGGGGCUCGCGCAACUCCAUGAACCGUCAUCGGAGUAUGAGCAUGCUUUAA